CUAACUUUGGGGUGUUGGCUGGGUCGGAAGCAUACAUUCUGCAAACUGUAGACGUCUCGACUGGACGAAUUACCUUUGCAGACAGACGGUUGUAGGGCCUACACUACCGUUACAACACGAUGGAGCAAAGAGCAGUAAAGCGACAAAAGAAGAGGCACCCUGAGACGAGGAGGAGCCUAGCUGAUUCCGCUCACGCGAAAGAGUCUACGUAUCUGCUGGCACAACCGGGUAUUUUCUUCACCAGGCCAAAGUACGGUUGUAUGGUAGUGGUCAAUUUAAAUGACAAGACCGAGACCGGUAAGACAGGCGUUUUUAACGCCAUACAAGCCGUUCAGCAAAAGUGCGACCUGUUGCAAGGACGAAACGGUUAUGUCGUCUCUUUUGACCCAGCCUUGUGGAAAACAUGGAGCCCGAAUGACGACAUCGAAGACCGACCACAAGGCAAUUAUAUGUUGUCUUCAUCCCGAAAGUUUGUCAACACAGGAGGCGAUGUUUCCUUCUUUCUGAAGUCUGACACCGAAGACGUCGUACCAAAGCUUUUCCAAGAAGUAGAAAACAACCUCCAUGCUCUGGCUUCGCUUGAUGUCACCCAAACCCGGGUUUACAAUGAUCGUGCCAUUAACGGGAAGUUUCGAGACGGCGUUGACAAUCCAGUCGACAAGACUACCGUCGAACGUUUCAUCCUGACACCACAGACGACCACUCCAGGAUCCGGGGGUGGUAGUUACUUCUACACGCAAAAGUUUCGGAUGAACUUCAGCAUAUUUGACAAAAUGACCAUCCGCCAGCAAGAGAACGUCAUCGGCAGAAAGGUUACAGAUGAAAUCGUCAUCGGGGCCGAUUCAAGAAGUCACAUCCGUCGAGCGCGUCUGGCUGAGGCUAGUAUUCAUUUGAAGAUUCUUCGGGGGAGCAUGCCCUACGGACGUGAUGAUACAGGCCAGGAAGGAAUCUACUUUAAUGCUUUCGCUGAUCACGUUCAGCUGUUUAUCGAUCUGAUGCAAAGCCUUGUAGGAGACGACCCCGAUUUCACACAAGAUAAACUCAUUUCAAUGGCUCAAGGCAUCGAGGGAAGUUUCUGGUAUACACCAAGUUUGCAUCAGCUCGGCUUUACCGACGAACCGAACGUAGGCCAGGCCCCGACCCUUGACUUCCUGCCUUUGUGGGACGUGAGAAGCACCAACGACUACAUGUUUUACAACUGGCGCGAAUAUCUCCACCGUAUGAGCUUUGGUUUGUAUGCUCCCGGAGAUCCACCGACACAUCGUGUUAUCAAGCUCCUGUCCGUGAUUUUCUCCGAGUGGAGUGACCAGUGGUAUGAAAAACCAAACACUGCCCGCAUUCCCCAUCUGAGCAACUAUUUGACGGCAGCAGAAAAGCCAUAUCUGGAGGAAUCCGCGGCCAUUCGCAAAGGCAUGGCGAUCAAGAAGACGCUGGGCACUUUGAUACCGAAAAGAGCCUAUGGCACAAAUAACGACCUCUUCCGCAUACACCCGAAUGAGCUGAUUGUCGGUGUCAUGCCCAGAUUCUCUCUUGGUGUCGGCAAGUAUGUCAUGCCCUACUCUCGUGAAGAAGAAGAGUUUCCUUGGUUUAUGAAGGGUCUUAAUGAGGGCGGUGCCAUGGGUCACAUUGUUCCCGACCACGGAAUAGUGUUGGCCGUCGGCCUCGGCGUUUUAAAGAAACAACACCAAAUGUUAUACGCCAGAGCCCCCCGUGAACAAAAGGAUUUCUACCAGUCGGUCAUCCUGGCGCUGGAGGGAGUUCAAGAGUACAUUGACAGCUUUGCGAACCUGGCUGAGCAAUUGGCACAAAAGGAGGAAUAUACGGCUGAAGAAAAACAAAAUCUCCGACGCAUCAACGCAAGACUGCUGAAACUUAAGACCGGCGCCCCCAGCAAUAUGCUGGAGGCCGUGCAGCUUCUGUUCUUGAUGCACUGUUCUAUGCAUCUGAUUGGCAACCCGGUUGCUAUUGGCCGACUAGACGUCCUGCUGAGUCCGUUCUACGACGAAACGACAACGCCUGAAGCUGAAGCGCAAGAGAUCUUGGACUGCCUGUGGAUAAAACUGAGUGAACGUGUCGUCAUUAACCGCCACUUUACACCAGACUUGCAUGAUCGAGGUUCCACAGCGGUGAUGUACGCUGCAUCAGGUAACUUUGGUCAAGGAAGCGCCGUCAACCAGUGGGUCCAACAGAUCACCGUUGGCGGGUACCAAGCAAAUGAUGACGUCACUCCAACGACGGCCUGUAAUAAACUUACUCUGCUGUGUCUGAAGUCGUCUCGCAGGAUUCCUACUAACGCCCCAUGCUUGAGUCUCAGGCUACACAAGAACAUGCCCGAGAAUAUACUGCAGGAAGCCACAAGGGCGCUUCUUAGCGGGGGUGCACAUCCGAUCCUCAUGCAUGAUGAUAGACUUGUACCGAGUCUGAUGAAUAGUGGCUCUCCUGAUGUACCCGUUAGCCUUGCGGCAGCUCGUAACUACGCAUGUGACGGAUGCUACGAGCCAAUGAUUGCGGGCGAGACCGAGUUUGCGUUUGGCACGAUCAUUCUGCUGAACAUUCUGGAGAUGACUCUAAACGAGGGAACGCUUUAUGCCGACUCGGGGUCGGUAUAUCUUCGAGGCCUCAAAGUCUCCUAUCCAUCGCCACACUCCAGCCAAAUCAAGACGUUCGACCAGCUGAAAGAAAUCUUCCUAAAACACCUGCGACUUCAAACUGCUCAGUUUUACAUCACGAUUCUCUCCAACUAUGGAAACCUCUGGGACAUCUGCCCUUCGCCACUUCUGUCCUCCCUCAUCCACGGCUGCAAAGAAAGCGGUCGUGAUCUUUCCAAUGGGGGAUCCAACUACCACGCAUUGGCUAUGAUGUACGUCAGUGCGUCUAACACCAUCGAUUCACUGUAUGCCAUUAAGAAGCUCGUGUUCGACCCAGACGAAUCCCUCACGACCUUGCCCCAACUGCUGGAAGCGCUGAAACUGGACUGGGGAUUUGAAAUGAGAGAACCGUUUUUCGACGAGCGUGCCGGGGAGGUGCGAGAGGAUGCGAACGCAGCUACCUACAAGACGCUGAGAAAGAAGGCUCUGACUUUACCAAGAUUUGGACGUGGUAAUCCAGAGGUAGACGAGAUAGCAAACUGGCUGAUGGAAAACGUUGUGUCUAUUGCCAAAGAUACGAUUCACCACCCUCCUUCCGUACUCGAUGGCAUCAUCAGUGGUAUCAAAGAGAAAUACUCCUUACCAGGCCGUCCGUUUGGUUUCGUCGUUGAACCCGGUAUUGGGACGUUCGAGGGGUACGUUCCGCAAGCAUUGGGUACAGGAGCCUCCGCUGACGGGCGCCGUAGUCGCCAGCCAUUCGCAUCGGAUCUGAGUCCGUCACCUGCACCCCAGGACAAGACCGCACAACCAGCCUCGGUCAACAUCUAUCAGGCCAUGAGAAGUUUUGAUUAUGAUUCCAUCAACAUUGGUCUGUCCAACGGGUCACCGGUCGACAUGAAUGUGGGCGAGGACUUCCCUGAGGCCAAGCUUCACGAGUUCAUACGUCACUAUGCAAAUCGCACCAAACCCAUCGGUUCCAAUUUGAUUACAGUCACAUGCGCCAAUUUGGAGACGUAUCAGAAAGCAGUGGAUGAACCUGAGCGGUACGACUUGGUCCGUGUACGCACUGGUGGCUGGUCGGAGCACUACGUGGCCAUGUUCCCCGCACAUCAAGAGCAGCACCAGCGCCGUGUUGUCUUCACACCCUUGUAGAACGGUGCGUCCAGAAUGAACGCCAUAUAGGGUGUCCCAGAAAAAACAAACGUCCAGGCCAAAUCAAGGAACCCAGAACCUAUUUUCCCUGGUUCCCCAUGUAUAGGCAGUCUUCCUCGUGAGAAAUGAUCUGACGAUGUCAUCACAAUCAGUCAGGCAUUUAACCAGGCUGACAUUGACAUCAUGUAUGAUUUGCUUGACCGGUGCAAGUAAAUGUAUUCACGUAAGAAUACUCCCAAUCAGGAUCCGUAGGAAUAUACUUUCUUGCUGUUGCGUGAUUUGGU